AAUCAGAAAAGUGUUUGUCGGGGGGUCGAAUGUCAUUUCUUUCGCAUCAGGCCCUCAGUUCCCUUUCCGCCAGCCGCCCGCAGGAAGCCUCCAUGAGCGACGCGCGCGGAGAAGCUGCCUUGACUUUUUGAGCGAAGUUGCCCGCGAGUCCGUGAGCAUGGCCGGGGGCUCGGUGUCCGAGUGCAAGGAGUACUUGUUCAAAGUGCUGGUGAUCGGCGAGCUGGGCGUCGGCAAGACGAGCAUCAUCAAGCGCUACGUGCACCAGCUCUUCUCGCAGCACUACCGCGCCACGAUCGGCGUCGACUUCGCGCUCAAGGUGAUCAACUGGGACGGCCAGACGCUCGUGCGCCUGCAGCUGUGGGACAUCGCAGGUCAGGAACGAUUUGGGAACAUGACGCGGGUGUACUACAAAGAGGCCGUGGGGGCAUUUGUGGUGUUCGAUGUGACGAGGGGCUCCACGUUUGAAGCUGUAUCUAAGUGGAAGCAUGACCUGGACAGCAAGGUGAAGCUGGCUAAUGGCAACCCCAUCCCCUCGGUACUGCUCGCCAACAAAUGUGACCAGAAGAAGGAGAGCUCCAACAACACAGCCCUAAUGGACAAUUUUUGCAAAGAGACUGGCUUUCUGGGCUGGUUUGAAACCUCAGCUAAGGACAACAUCAACGUGGACGAGGCGGCACGUUUCCUGGUAGAGAAUAUCUUGGCCAACGACAAAGGUUUGCCAUACGAGGAGAGCAACGGAGACCGGAUCAAACUGGACCAGGAGACUGUGGCUGCUGAGAGCAAGUCAGGCUGCUGCUAACACUCAAGAGUCCACUCACAUUAUCCACCAGCUUCCCCGUCGGAAAGGGUCCAAUGCCUGUGCCCAUCCCGCGGCUCUCAAGCCUCUACUGCAGCCUCUCAGAGGAAUAUGAACUUUUUGGGUCUUCAAAGCUCCAAGAACCUCUCCUCCCUGCGACGCUGCCCAUUUGACCUGCACGUCCAAGUUUUUCACUGUAGAUUUACAUUGGCCAGAGUAGAAGCCCGAUUUUAUCUUGAUCUUGUCAUUGGCUUUACCAUGCCGUUUCCUCCUUUGUCCCACAUCUCCGAACCACAGGGUCUUUAUUAUUGUGGUUGUCUCAUCACGUAUUCCCCUGAUUGUGUAUUCCACCACCACCAACUAUGAACUCCACCCAGCCUUCCACCCUUGACCCCGCAGCUCCCCAUCUUGCCCUGACAGGCUGUGAAGCACUUGAUUGUUCCACACUUCAGAAGGGUUGGAAACUGUGCGCAACACUGAGAAACAUGAACAAAAACAACCUGUAGCCUCUUAAUUUCUGUCACUUUGGUCUAUUCUCUAUUCUCUCUGUAACCUUGUCAUUCAAGUGAAACAAAACACUUCAUUGUUUACUGUCUAUUUGAAGUCUUUCUUCAGUCUACAUGAACAUUGCUGCCCCUUAAAGCAUACAUCGUACAACACACUUAUGUGUGUGUAAAGCAUCACAGCUGAGCAAUAUCAAGGUGUUAUUGCAGCUUGUUGCUCGUUGUUGUCACGAAUUGUCGUCUUUAUGCUGUAUUUUCUCUGAAAUAAUUGUGCCAUAAUACCAUUUUUUUCACAUUUUAGUAGGAGGGUCACACUUUUUCCUUGUUCACUCAUAGUUUUGCAAGGAGAUAGACGGACAAAAAACUCUAAUGAUGGUGGUAAUAUAUGAGACACUGAGAAUCUUUAUUUGUCCACCAGUACAACAAUGUAAAUCUGAUUUACAGUAUGGAUUUUUAAAAUGUGCCAGGUCGCGCAUUACACUACUGGUGAGAUAAAAACACAGAGGACUACACUCUCUUGAAAGUAUGGAUAGUAAUUUGUUCGAAUGAAAUAUGAAGGUUUUUUUUAACAUGGAGAUGUUUACAUGUGGAAAAAAAACUUAAAAUCAAAAAAAAUGCAGAAUAAACAUUUUAACAGAUGUGUUGUGUUCUAGUAAUUAGACUGUCUGACCACAUGUAUUUAUCCAAUUGAUUAUUUGUGUUAUCAAAUGUAUUUAUGUAUGUACGUAGUAACAAAACACAGGCACAUGCUCCAAAUCAUACACAAUUCAUUCAAUCAUAUAACCUGCUGAUUAGCUAUGUGAAUGAGUUAAGGUGGUCUGCACCACACAUGGUACUAUUUUUGGAUCAAACACAGUAAAAACCAUUUUGUUCCCCUGUUUGGAUUUUACAGCUUUUUUUACCCAAGUUGAUGUUUCAGAUUAUGAAAUGUUUUCGGUCUUACUGGCAUCUCUUGGAUCAAGUCAGGUCCGCGGGGAUUGUUCUAUUAUUUACACAUUUCUUAUUGGCAUUAUGUACAAACGCUAAUGCCUGGUGCUGGUAAUUGUACAUUCUUAGGUUUUGCAGUAGAUUUUAAAUGGCAGUAAAUUGGUAUUACCAUGCUACAGUUUCUUAGUAGUUCUUUGUAAGUGAGGGGCAACACCAAUUUGUCACUAGGCCUUAGAUAUUGGCUUACUUAAUGAAAGGCACAGAUUAACGACAAAAGGCAAAUUAAUUACACAAAUGAGGUUUUUCACUUCCAUAUAACCACCCUUGUAUAGAUUCAACACAGUACUGUAUGUAUGAAAAGUUACCAUUAAAGUUGUUUAGUUCAAGUUAGUUAAAAAAAAAAUCUUAGUGUGCUUAAAUACAAAAUGUACCAGAAAAACCUACCUAUUGUGUUAAGUGUACCUCGAAGAAACUCCCAGCAUAAACCGCAAUGAAUAAAGUUGUAUGGGUAAAAAUUA